GGGCGGCAGCAGCGUGUUUCGGUCCUGUGACAGCGCUAACGGAAGCCUAUCGGGACGCUCACCGGGACAGAAAGUGAAAGCAGCUGCUGUCUGUCCGUCGAGGUGCUGAUGGAAGCUCGGCAGAUGUGCUCCAGCUGUCAUGACCGCUCUCAUCUGGAUGCUCUCAUGGCUGCCUCUGAUCCUGCCAGCUGUAGGUACCGUUCCAAAGCCCGUCAACAUCUCCGUGACAUCACUCAACUUCAGUUAUAUACUGAAAUGGGAGGCGGGACCAGGCACACCUCCAGGGGUCUACUAUAACGUUGAAUACACAACUGAGAGGAAACAUAGCUGGAACCCGGUGGCCGGCUGUGAGCGUGUGCAGAAGCCUCUGUUUUGUGACUUGACGGCGGCGUUCUCCGUCCUAACGGAGAAGUACUUUACAAGGGUUGGAGCUCAGCUGGGAGGCCAGGUCUUUGGAGACCCGAACGAGACCGGGGUCCCAUUCAAACCCAUCAAACACCUGAGCCUGCCGCUGCUUAGCGUGGCGCCCAGCGACAGAAGCCUGAGCGUGGAUCUUCACCCUCCGCUGGAGCGCCUCAGGCAGAGCUACAACAUUCUCCAUUACGAGCUCCAGAUCAGCAGCAGCAACCCGGAUAAGAUGGAGUUCAUCAAGACUGUGUCUCUGAAGAGCUAUAAGUGGGAUCGUUUGGAGCCCGGCAGGCGGUACUGUGUCGCCGUGCGAUUCUGGGACAAAUUCGAGGACAUUGGCUCCAACUUCAGCCUGCCUGAGUGUGCUACAAUACCAGCCAUCUUCUCUCCAGACCCGCUGAUCUCGGGCAUGUUGUGCUCGUUGGUGAUCGUCGUCAUGUUCUGCAUCUUCAUGCUGAUCUUGACCGGGUUCAUCUGUCUGAGACGGAGGCUGCUGCCGUCGGUUCUGACGACCAUCCAUCACCUGGAGGAGGCGGGGCUCAACGAUCCCUGCAUCAUCUCCCCACUGAACAUUGAGCAGACGGCGCCCUCUGCAGGCAAGAAAGGAAGCAGCUGCUCCUCCUCGGACGAGAGUGAUGAGGAGAGUGAGACGGAGAGCACGGGCACAGGAGGGGCGUACACACAGCGGGCGGGCGCGAACCUCCUCUCCUCUUCAUCCUCUUCAUCAUCAUCUUUGAUUCAGCCCAAACCACCGCCUGUUGUCUCCUCCAAUCAG